CUUAUUGAUCAGCAGAGUCGGGCAGGAAUGAUGGCGACAACUCUCUGAACAGACUGUUGCAUGGAGUUUAAAUCUGUCGCUCUGUCACUACAGUAAAACACUCGGCUAGCUUUCGGAUUGCACCUACUUGAGCCAUACGCCAGUGUCCGUGCCAGUUUGGGGUGAAUUUUGGUUCAACAUCUGCCUUGAAUAUACAGAUAGAGCACAACAGUUGACAUAUCAGAGGUGAAGGCAGGUAAUGCCAGUUGCCAACAUGGAGGCAUUUCUGCGGGUAGCUAGAGAAGUGGCGGGUGCUGCUGGGGCAGCGACCAAGGCUGCGGCCGAGAGCGCCACUGCAGUGCCAGCAGCCAAUGAUGGUGGAGUCACGACAUCGGGCGAUACCACAGCGGCACCAAACACGGGGAUUUAUAAAAUGAAAGAUAUGAUACUGGGAGAAAUAGAAAAAUUGCCCAUCUGGGCCAUCAUCUUGAUAUGUGUCGGUGCACUGCUCAUUCUGUCGUGCUGCACGUACUGCGUGUGCAAGCGGUGCUGCUGCAAGAAACGCAAGAAGAAGGAAGGCAAGAAGGGACUCAAGGGAACCGUCGACCUCAAGAGUGUUCAGCUACUCGGAAAUGCCUACAAAGAAAAGGUGCAACCUGAUUUAGAUGAGCUAAAUGUCAAUAUGGAAGAUAACGAAGAUGCAGAGAGUACGAAAUCAGAAGUUAAACUCGGCAAACUGCAGUUUUCUCUUGACUACGAUUUCCAGAAAGGAGAGCUGUCGGUUGGUGUGAUACAGGCCGCUGAUCUUCCCGGCAUGGACAUGAGCGGUACGUCUGACCCGUACGUGAAGGUCUACCUGCUACCGGACAAGAAGAAGAAGUAUGAGACCAAAGUCCACCGCAAGACCCUGAACCCCGUCUUCAACGAGACCUUCACAUUCAAGGUCCCAUAUGCUGAGGUGGGCUCAAAGACCCUGACAUUUGCAGUGUAUGACUUCGAUCGUUUCUCCAAGCACGACCAGAUUGGCCAGGUAUUGGUUCCCCUGAACACUGUGGAUCUCGGUCGAGUCGUUGAGGAAUGGAGGGAUGUCACAGCCCCUGAUAGCGACUCCGAAAAGGAGAACAAACUGGGCGACAUCUGCUUCUCUCUACGAUACGUUCCCACGGCUGGCAAACUGACUGUUGUUGUACUGGAGGCCAAGAAUCUGAAGAAGAUGGACGUCGGUGGUUUGUCAGAUCCUUAUGUUAAGAUCUCAUUGAUGUUAAAUGGCAAACGCAUCAAGAAGAAGAAAACUACCAUCAAGAAGUGCACACUCAACCCUUACUAUAAUGAAUCAUUUACGUUUGAGGUUCCAUUUGAACAAAUACAGAAGGUGACCCUGAUCAUCACAGUCGUGGACUAUGAUCGCAUCGGCACCUCUGAACCAAUCGGGCGCAUCGUGCUCGGCUGCAACUCCACUGGAACAGAACUGCGUCACUGGAGCGACAUGCUGGCAAACCCCAGGCGUCCGAUCGCACAGUGGCACACGCUGCAAGAGGUUCCCGAGAAGAACUAAAGGGAGAUAACUGUGGCUGUAUUAAAGCAUCAAUUUUACUACACCAGGACUUGAUUGUAUUAAACUCAAGUUAAAACUGGUUCUGGACGUACUGUCAGAAAACUGUUAUGGAAAAUCUAACUGUGGAGUCUGUCUAAACCGGAACUACGUGGGACGUGACAAAAAUGUGCUGCUGGUUUACACUGUGUGCUGAAUUAAACCAGGUUUUUUUUCCAAUGUUAUAUUUCUACUUACGAGUACCAACUCGUUUUCGUUCUGGCUCAUUGAUGGAUUUAAGCUUAUGCCGGUUUAGACAAAAUCCACUGUAUAGAAAAAAAUAACCUAAAUCUUUUCAUUGAUAAAAUAAAAAAAAAACAAAGAACAAAAACCAAUAACAAAAACAAUGGUCUUGAGGUACAUGUAAGAUUAAACUAACUUUACACACUCCAUUUAUGAUAACCAUUUAAAUAUACUAAGUGUAUUUUGGAAAAAAUUGUUCAAACAAGAAGAAAAGAAAUAUGACUGGUGUGAUAGAGCUUGUAAUAAUAUUAACAGACUCAAAAGUAAACAUAGCAUCAUAUGUUAAACUAAUUCCAAACUGUUCUUUCAUCGACAUUACCAUACAUGAAGUUACUAAUGUACUUUCAUUAAAAAAAAACACACACAAAAAUACGCAAAAGAUGAAAAGUUGUCUUCUUAUGCCAAAGUGGCUCAGACUGUAAAUCCCGGGAGGAUUUUAUUAUAAAACUUUUACUACCAGCUGAUCAUUGAUCAAACAGCAUGUCUUGUCCAAUACCUCUUGGCAUAUUGUAAAUAAAGCUGAAGACAGCCGGUGUGUUUGAAUAGAGUGUAUCACUAAUACACACUGUAGUUCUGAGUGCCUGCAACACGUUGACAGGUCGUUGUGCGAGUUAGAAUGAUUGUCGAAAGCUUCUGAAGCAAAUUCACAUGUACUUUCAUAGGCGGAUCCAGAUUUCUCAAUAUGGAAAUGUUUCCUUAAAUCCAGAUUUCUCAAUAUGAAAAUGUUUUCUUAAAUCCAGAUUUCUCAAUACAGAAAUGCUUCCUUAAAUCCAGAUUUCUCAGUAUGGAAAUGUUUUCUUAAAUCCAGAUUUCUCAAUAUGGAAAUGUUUUCUUAAAUCCAGAUUUCUCAAUAUGGAAAUGUUUCAAUUUAAGAUUGCUUUAAAAAAAAAGAAAAAAAGAGAAAAAAGAUUCAGACAACUUUACGUGUUAAUAUACAUAUUCUCAGUGUAUUGUUUGAAUUAACAGUUUAUAGUAUAUGAUUAUAAAAAUAUUCUAGAAUGCCUAAAAUGUAAUGGAUAUUUUGUUGAUCACUACGUGUUGAGGGAGGUGAACGAUAACAUUUUCUGUUACCUUCAAUAGACUGAAUGCCUCUUUAGAUUACCGUAAUAUCUUCUACUAUUGGAAACUCUGGAGCUGCUUAUGUCACAACUUCUUUACAUUACCCUCAUGUAUGUCAAGCUUCCACAACUCCCCUAAUGAAGUUUACCAUUACAGGUACACAAUCUUGGCAGCAUAAUACAUGUACUUAAAUUGUCACAGAUUCUCCAGACGUAAUAAGUUAUGCCGCUAUGACUUGCUGUAUUUGACAAAGGCCAAAACUUGCUCGAUUUAUGAUGCCAGUUGUAUAAUUGUGUAUUUGUAAUUUAUUUAUUUUAUGCAAUACAUAUAUAUAUUUUAAUAAUAUUUUAAGUCCAAAAUAAAAUCCCAUUAUAUACACACAUACAAGGGACACUGUUUACUUAAUCUUAGAUCUCAGUUAAAUUUGUGACCUGGCUAAUAUUUAAAACUCUGAAUAUAACUUAAAAUUCAUAGUACGUCUCAUUUUAAAUUUAAAAUGGUGGGUUUUCUUAUGGGUAUUUUUAAAUGUGGUUUUCCGAUAUGAAACUUAAUUAUUUAUUACAAGCACAUUUUUGUCAGUUUGCCUUAUUACAUUGAACCCGUUAACUGUCAUGGUCAUGGAGAUUAUGCAAGGGAUGGUUUGUGAAAAUUUGAUAUACAUGACACUGUAAACUGAGCACAGAUCCGCUGGCAUGGAUAUACAUUCACACACAUUUCAUGCACAUUAUUUGUGUGAACAUAUUUUCUCAACAAGGGUUUUGUUUUCAACUGUAUUGUUUUUAUCAAAGGGCAAUAAUCACAUAUUUGAUCAAGCAUUCCUAAUAUUGUUUUGUUUCUGAUUUUCUUUAUCAGACAUAAAAAAAGGAACAACAUUAAACAUUAAAGAGAAAUCAUGUUGAAAUUAUUAAUUGUUUAUGAAUGAAACAAAAUUGACAAUGACAAUUGAUUAAUGACAAGAAUAUUUGUAAAAUCUCCAUUAUAAUUUAAAUAUGGGUUCAAAAUAUUCUGAAAGUUAAACAGACAAUUAAUGCCACUUACGGUAUUAAUUUAAAUUUUGUGAAUAAUUUUUUUUUAUGUAUUUCUUGCCAUCAGGACUUUUGAAAUACUGGUGUGAAAUUGUGAUACAUGUAUAUGUGUAGGGCAACUGAUCAUAGAAAUAAAUAAAACAAAAGUUCUUUUUGAGAAAAUAUGGAGACGUUUUAAAAAUAUAUUUUCUCAGCAUCUGUUUGUCUAUUACAAGUAUUCAUUUUAUUUGUAUUGUACAUAAUGUUAAUCUGUGUAUGUAGUUAAGACUGGCUGUGCCCAUUUCCUUGUUGUGUUUUAUGCCCCAGUUGUAGAUGACUUAUUCACUGUGAUAAAAUUUGUGUUUAAAUUAAUCAAUAUUGACAGUGGAACUAAUUGUAUAUAUAUAUAUCAAGCAGCUAUUUACUCAUUAUUUAGCACACACACAAAUUUAAGCGGUUGUUAUUGCUGGUUUCACCUUUCUGUCCGCCAGUCUUUGAAAUUUGGUGGACGGAUACAAGGUGGCCUAUAAAUGAUCUCAGCUGAGGUCAAUGGAAGACCUCAAAAUGUAAUUUUGCAUAUUUUUUAGGUUCUUUGACCUGUGUAACUCAAAAUGUCUUUUGUAGAUAUACAUGUUUAUGGUCGAUGGACUUCAGAGCAAAUGCCUUUUAGAACGGGCAAAGUCUUUUGGUCAAAAUCAUGUUUCGAGUUCUCUUAGAUCAAAGACUUUGUUAAAUGUGUUUCAAAUAUUGUAUUUACUCUAACAUUUCGACUGAAUUUUUCCACAACAUGUCGGUGCCAAAAUACUUCUAAAACUUAAACUACAGACAAAUAUUAAACAAAAUUCUGAAUUAACAUUUCAACCAUUUUGGUAUGAAAUUUAUGAAUAUGGGAAUGCUAGGUUUACACAUGUCAAGGUCACAAAAAUUGGGUUUUUACAUUUAUUUUGGUGUUCCAAUAUGAUUUUUCACAAAUAUGGUACAGGUUAGCAGGUCGGAAGUCGAUGUUACAGAAUUUAUAUUGUGGUUUCAUAAUAUUCUUGGACUGCAAGAGCUAAUCACUUUGACCAACUGACUAUUCAUCCAUAUAUGAUUCUGGAUGGGUGUUUCCUACACCAGCAUCAGUUUCAUUAAAAAGAGAAAAUAUUUUUACAUUUUUGGUACAAUUGUUCUGUUUAUGAGUAAACACUGCAAUGUACCAUAAUCAUCUGGUCAGGGGUCAUGGUUGUGGAACUGAUUAUUUUACUGAGUAAAUGAAAACAGUUUAAUAGUAGCUGAUCUUAUUGGGAGGAAUCAAGAAUCAUGUAGCAUAAAAUUAAGAGGUUUUCAGGUCAUCCUCAAAAAGAUAAAAUUAUAUCUACCAGCAUAAUUAUUACAGCAUAAUAAAAAGAUUAAUGUAAUUCACUUUAAGACUUUUUUGUAAUAAAUAUAUACAUAUAAAUUUUACAUUUCAUAAUGAAAAUAAUUUAUAUUUGUUACAUGACAUAAGUCGAGGGAAAGCUUGAUGUUCAUAGCCUUGGUUUUUCACAAAAUACAGUACUGGAGGCCAAAAUAAUGAGUGAUAGAGUCACUGAACUAAUUUAUUAUGUUACCGACAUAAAUCAAAUUUGUUAAAAUUGAUACUAUGUAUACUAUAAUACAAAAAAACCCCUCAAAGGGUAGGAACCACAAGAGUGGCAAUGGUUUAUGGAAGGCCAGGUGAGGACAAGGGUUUGGUGUGCUAACCUGCUCAUUGUUAACUAACUAUAUCAUAUAGAAAGCACCGAUCAAGAUCUGAUUUAAGUAAUUGUGAACUAUUUGACAAUGAUUGGAAAAUGAACAUUCAGGUGAAUAACAUGUCUGAGGGUUCCUAAAUAAACGAAUUCCAGUUUGAUACAUUCCAGAUAUGUUUAAUAUUAGAAAUCCACUGUAUUAAAACCUUUUUGUUUUUAAAUUUCCGUCUUGUGUUUCCACAAUAUUUUGUUUUAAAAUAUGGUAUUAUUAUAUUAUUUGAAGGUUUUUAGUAAAUAAGGGGACCAAAAACUAACAGUUUUAUUAAAUCUUUUAUAGUAUACCUGUAUUGAUGUUACUAAUACUUGACCAUUAUACAUACAAUGAAACAAAAAUGUAUUUACUGUUAAUCCAGCUUAUGUCAGGUUACAUUUUCCAAGUCAGUUUGAUGUCAACGAAAUUUCUCAAGUUGUUACUUUGUCAUGUUUUUCUGAAUGUUUUUCUUUCAAAUGUUAUUUCAUAGCAAAAGCAGUCUUAUUGCUAUAUAUUCAUUAAAAAAUCUCUACUGUAUUAUUUAAUGUAUUUAUUUUUAAUUUUAAGCCUGGAGUUGGAUUUUUUUUUUCUUCAGAAAGUUGGAUUCUAUGUUUGGAAUAUCAAGAGAAAAGGUUAAUAAAUAGAGAUAAAUUUUAAAGCACAAUUACAAACCUAAAAUUUACUGUUACCACAUUGUGGUAUACAUUGCUUUAACUAACACUAGUGUUAUUGGUUAUUUUGGAUACAUUUGUUUCAUUUAACAGCCCUGCUGGUUAAUGUAUGUAUACAUUCUUUCAAUUACAAUUUUGUUGAUCAAUUUAUAUGCAUUGUAUCAAAAAACACAAUGUUGUUGGUAAUUUUGUUAGUGGUUCUUGGUUGGAAAUUGAUAAAAAUUUGAUUUAAAAAAAUGUCAUACCAAGCAUGUGUUGAUUAAUAAAAUGGAUUUUGAAUCCUAGAGAAAUGAAGUCAUCAUGUUUUUAUGUCUGAUAGGUACUGGGUUCAAACCCCAGUACUAACUCUCACCCAGAAUGAGUUUUCAAUGGCUUGAUUGAAAGGUGAAAAGCCACCAUCAACCUCUGUAGACAGAUCCUGAGGUGAGCAUCCAGGACAACAUGCUAAACUUUAAUUAAAUAGAAACAUGUUAUGUAGAACUAGAAGAAGUAGAAGAAGAAGAAGAAGAAAAGUCUAAGAGUAGGCAAGAUAUUAUAAUAAAUACACUGUUUGAUGUCUAAAAUGAUACUGUAUCUACAGGUAGAAAAACGUGCUAAUAACAAGUUGUCUUGUACCAGUUUCAAUAUUUUACCGAUCAGGUACAAAUUUGCUAUAUAGUCAGUGCUGUACUGUCAUCGUACAGUACAUAUACCAGUAGUCGGGGAAAUCAUUUUUAAUGUGAAAUCUUCCUUUAUGUUUUAUUUUGUUCUUGUAUCUCAUUGUGUAUAUUGUACAGGUUAUUGUUUAUCGAUAUAUAUUGGAUCACAUCAAAAAAAAAAUCAUUGUGCCGAAAUUGUAUUUACACUUGUAUAUUGGUAUUUGUUGAAGAGUUUAUUUAUUACAGCCAUACAGUAGCAGUUUAUUGGAACUUUUAGUUUAUUUUUCAUGCUGACUUUUAAUAUUUUGAUAAAGCCUUUUUUGUGUGUGCAUUAAAUGGGAGCAUCUUUGAUGUAUUUCUUUGAAUACUGAAGCAAAAGCAAGCACCAUUUAUUUUUAAAUUAUUUGAUAGUCUUUUACAGAAAUAACAAGCAGUUUUAAUAUUUAAUUUUACCACUUAUGAUAACUUCCAUUAUUAUUAUUAUAAUUAUAAAAGUUCUAAGAAAAUAGUAAAAGAAAGCUAGUCAUGUAUGAUAAAUACUAAACCACAUUUAAUAUAGAGUAUACAGUUGUCUUUAUUAUAAAAUAAUAUCAAAACUAAAAUUGGUUUAGAUAUAGUAUGGUAAUAAUGUAUGAAGUAUAUAUGAAAUAAUUUAUAUAAUUUUUGCAGUGAUUAAGUAAUAAGAAGUUGCACUUACAUAAAAUGUGCUCUAGUGGUGUCGUUAAACAAAGCAAACUCUUUUACAAAAAAUAGUAUGUUUUUGAAAUGAAAAAAAUCAUCAAAAAACCCCAACAGAUAAUGAUUAUAUAAUUAUGCUUAUACUAAAUUCAAUAAAAUCUUUUUAGGAUUUAUUUUUUGCUUAAAACUUUCAUUUAAUAAAACUUUUGCACUAAAUGUAUAUUGUCUUCUUUAACUUAUAUUAUUAUACAACUUUAAAACAUUAACGUUUUCAUUUUGGUGUAUACUCGUUUGUGAUAAUGUGUGGGUGUAAAUACAAGUUUUCUUUUAUUUCAAGUAGCUGUUAACAGAUGUUACUGUUUUGGUCACAGGUGUAUUAGCAUUGUGAUAUAGGCCUACGUAUGUGGCAUUGUUUUUUGUUGCAGUUCAUUGGCAUUGUUUACAGCAUUUAUUGUCCUUUUGUGAAUAAAGCCAGGUACUAGUGUAA